AGCUGUCAGCCUACAACGCCGCCCGCGCCCCGCGGCUCCGCAGAACUAGAUGUUGAUUGGCUGCGUUGUCGAGGGGGGAGGCUGAGGGAUGAGCACCGAGGCGCCACCAUCUCCCUGCGGCCCGGCUCACACGCACUCGCUCGGGUGUUUCCGUACCCCCCUCUCGGGUGUUUCCGGCCGCCCCGCUCCGGCCGCGCUCGGGUGUUUCCGGCCGCCCGCCGAGCCGUGUCCAUGUCGGACGCGCUCUCCGCCGCCGCCCGCUCCCGCUCCGAGCCCCCGGGCGGCAGCGCCGCGCCCCGCGGUCCCGCAGAAAAUGAAGACUCAGCCCAAAAGACAGAGCCUGAAGAUGAGCUAGUUGAUUUUUUGGAGUCCAGUACUUCACAGAGCAGGUCACAGUCUGGGGUGCACCUGGGUGUGAGCACAACAGAGGAUUCGAAGGAAGAAGUUGGCACUCCAGAGGACCAAAAAGUGGCUGAACUAGAAGAGAAGCUGCCUGACCAAAUCCAGUCCUUCAGAAAGGGAGCUGUUGUUCGAGUAACCAACUACCAUGUACCUCAGGGAGUAGGGGAUAUAGUCAUGAUUCAGUCAGAUCACACUGGUGCGGUGGAUAUCCUUUCUGCUGAGCUGGAGACUGCAGACCUCCUUGGGGAGCAGAGGAAAGCUCAACCUCCCCCUCUGGCUGCACCCACUAUGUGGACCACUGAAAAGAUGAAGGAAUUCAAAGCCAAGAUGGGAAAGGAGAAGAAUGGCCGGAUGGUGGUGAAGCGAGGCGAGGUGGUGACAGUCCGUGUGCCAACUCAUCCUGAUGGGAAAUGCAUUUGCUGGGAGUUUGCCACGGAUGACUAUGACAUUGGGUUUGGAGUCUAUUUUGACUGGACCACAGUUACUAGCACUGCCAUUACUGUUCAGGUCAGUGAAUCCAGUGAUGAGGAGGAUGAAGAGGAGGAUGAGGAAAUUGAAGGACUGUCCCCUGUAGGUGAUGUGGAAAGGGGCUCCAAAAGCUACCUGCGGAGCCGCUAUGGAGAGAUCAUGCCGGUGUAUCGGAGGAACAGCCAUCGGGAGGUACAGGCGGGCAGCCAUGAGUACCCGGGCGAGGGCAUCUACCUGCUGAAAUUUGAUAACUCGUACUCUCUGCUCCGUAAUAAGACUUUGUUCUUUCAUGUCUAUUACACUAGCUGAAGAAGAGGGAAGGGGCAGGGAUGGCAGGCAGGURAUGGUGAGCGUAGCAGGCUGCCACCCUGCCCUGGUACCGCCCGAUGGGCACUGCUGUGUGACACAACCAAGGCACAAUUCURCCAGCUCUUCUUUGGACAUGAACUGGUUUCUCCUCACCCCUUCUUCCCCACUGUCCAUGGGGAGAAAGGUAGUUGUGACUGCCUGGUUGUUCCCAGGCAGCUGCUUUUUCUGUAAAACUUUGGGAGGUCUGCUCCAUGCAGGCACUGGGCAUGGCCUUCGUGUCACAGCUGGCAAUUGCUCAGAAGUCAUGCUCAGCUGGUUGUGAUUCUGAUCUAUUGUGCUGGUACAAAAUGAAGUGAAAAUAAUCUGUUACUAUUUUGUGAAUAACUUUUCCAACUCUCCUGCUGCCUCUGCAUCACUAGAGGGCAGCUGUCAGCUGCAGUGAUCCAGAAGCACAGCUGGCUUGUCACUUAGCCGGGGUAACCCCAUCACCUACCAUCACUGCAGUCACCAGCAGUCCGUGCUGCAGGGGCGUGGCAGUGCUACAACAGGUGAGCCCCAAAUGGCAGUCACAGCUCAUGUUUGAACUGGGGCUGGGAGCAUAGGAUGCACACCUCAUAGUCCAUAGAAGGCUUUCCUACAGAAUUGGAUAUUACAUCUUGAUUGUAGGUAUAUGUAGAUGAUUAAAACUUCAGUGAUUAGCAAAAGUUUUUUCUGUAAUCCAGAUCUGAAGCAGAAGACAUUACUUACUGCUAUGCUGAAUGAAUACAAAAUGGUUGGAAUACAACCAAUAAAUAUACAGGAAAUGCUUCUUAGURGUAGCAUGUUGGUUCACUGGUAUUGCAACCAUAUGUAGCAAGGAAAAGGCUCCCAGAGAAAUGUAGUUUGUCAGCUGCUGUGGCUGUUGCAAAGGUGUUGUUACAAAGYUCCUUGGCAUAUUUUGGUGACUAGUGAUGGUAUUAGUUAAAGUCUUCUGCUUAAGUAGUGGCUGAGUUAAACAAGGAGAAGUUAAUCCAUCCGAGAUGAAUUUUAAAACAUGUUUAUUUGUAACUGUUGUUUAUUUUAAUACUUUUAACUUGAAAUCAUUCUCUUUUCUAAGAAUACUGCUGUAUUUACACUUUGAUACCUCUUUGCAGAGACACAAAAUUACUUUCCAUGGUGAUACUAGAAAAGUUCUGAGUUUUAUUUUUUAAUUGUCCAGGUAAAGCACCUCUASUUGGUCCAUUCCUUCUCUUGAGAGGAAAUAAUGGACAAAAUUAUUUGGGGUAGUUAAAGCCAAAGAUUUUGCUCUCAUAGGAGGGCUGCAUAUUUCCUGUUAAGGGAAUAUUGUAAUGCUGUGCAAUUUGCUCCAUAUAUUAAAGUUUUUACUUUUAAGUAUCUCUGCUUACUGAUUCACUUCCCCAGUGCACUUAGGAAGUCAAGGUGGUAAGAGGGGGAGUAGUCAGUCUACAGUCUAUAUUGCUGAUGGAGACACACACUUCUAACAGAGAAGCAGUAGUAUGUUUGCUGCUAUAAAACAGCAAUUUAACAACAUUUGAUAGUUGGUGUGUUGUGUAUAGACUGGGGAAUGAGAGGCUGGAGAACAGUGCUGCAUAAAGGGAGCUGUGGGUCCUGGUUGAUGGCAAGCUGAAUGUAAGUCAGCAGUGCCACAGCAGCCAGGAGGGCCAACCCUGUCCCAGGGUGCAGCAGACACAGCAUCACCAGCCGGGCCGGGGAGGGGAUUGUCCCACUCUGCUCUGACCUGGGGCAGCCUCACCUUAAAUAUYGUCAGCACUUUUGGGUGCCAUAAUGUAAAGCUAUGRAGCCAUUAGAGAGCGUCCAAAUGAGGGCCAUGAGAAGGGUGAAGGGCCUGGAGGGAAAGCUGUGUGAGGAGUGGCUGAGGUCAUUUGGUCUGUUCAGCCUGGAGAAGAAGAGACUGAGGGGAACCCUCAUUGCAGUUACAACUUCCUUGUGAGGGGAAGUGGAGGGGCAGGUACUGAUCUCGUGAAUCUUAUGACCAGUGACAGGACUUGAGGAAAUGGCAUGAAGCUGAGUCAGGGGAGGUUUAGGUUGGAUAUCAGGAAAAGGUUCUUCACCCAGAGGGUGGCUGGGCACUGAAACAGGCUCCUCAGGGAAGUGGUCACAGCCCCAAACCUGACGGAGUUCAAGGAGUGUUAAGAUAACACUCUCAGGCACAUGGUGUGAUUCUUGGGGUGUCCUGUGCAGGGCCAGGAGCUGGACUCAAUACAUGAUGGGUCCCUUCCACCUCAUCAUACUCUAUGAUUCCAUGAACCUUUUUUACCGAGUUACUGGAAAAUACCUUAAAAAUUAUUUAUGAUCACACACAAAACACCAUGGGCCAAUGCCAGAAGAAAGGCUGCACAUAAAAUACAGCARUUGGUCAUGUCCCAGAGCAAUAAGAUUAGCCACAUAUAUGUGUGCUCAAUACUGCCAGGGUUCUUCAGUCUGUUCCAUAGGCUCUGGGAAGACUUGAUGAAGACCUGAAACUCAGUGGUGAAGCUCUGCAGGACUGUUAGAGGAAAUAAAAAAUAGCAGUUACAUUUUCUUGGAGGUCUCGUUGGGUUGUUCCUUAUAUUAUCUCUUGUGUUGUUAAUUUGGAAAAAAUACUUUUGUUCAUCACUCAGUGCUUGUCAUGGAAAUGUUUUUGUAAAAGUGGGUACAAGCUUAAGUCAAUCUGUGAACUCCAAAUUGUCACAAGUUUCACUAAUUCCAUUACUUAACAGACUGCAUCAGGUGAAAUCUUACAGUAGAGGAUCAGGCUAAUAAUUUUAUUCAAACAGAUAAGAUAGAAAGUAAAGGUGCCAAUGACAGGAAAACGGCAAGGUUAUUUAGGAAAUGUUUUAACAACACAAGCCAGUCUCUGAAAAUAAGGUCACUCCUGGAAUUAACAGUGCCAAAUUGUCAGAAGAUGGGACUAUGCUUCUUUUCCACUGGGUCCUACAGUGGGUCUUAUGAGAAGGAGGAAAAAGGAUCUGGAGCCUUAAGAAUUACGGUCUCUGUCCAUSCAAUACACACUGUAAAAGCUGAUGUGAAGCAGGAAAAUCUGAGGAAGUGCAAUAAUUCACAUUCAGAYAAAAAUGUCAAAAAUUCUCAAAAAGACCCAAGCUCUUUAGGCCUCUAGACUGAGAGGAGUGUUUAAAUAACUGGUUUUAAGAAAAUGAGAUUUUUUUUCAUGGGCUGUUUUGUAAAAUAAGCAUUUCAUUAAAAGUUUAUUGAAAUUGUCAUUGCUAAUAAAAUCUGAAUUACUGAAACCUCUAGAAACACUCUAAAUACACUAACACUUUCAUUAUAUUUUACAAAAUUCAUAUUCAUACCAAUAUAGUAAAAUAAUUCCUUGUAAAGCUGAUAACCAAACCCUAGGCACUAAACAGAAGAUGGAAUAGACUUCUCAGUCUGACCACAAUGUCAGCAUUGCCUCACUGAGUGAUUGGUCCUUUGCUGUGAGAUUUGCAGAACCUUGUGUGUAUGUGGUGGUUAAUGUGUGAUGCACUAUUCGGCACCUACUCCACUUUCUAAUUAGGAUUUAUUUAUGUUGAAGGGAACUCUGACCUGUAUGGGCACGAGAUAUUCCAGAAUUACUGAUCCUCAGCUGCACAGCUUGUUGCAGGCUAGYGGGUUAUCUCCACUAAAACCUCUAUACAGUGGCCUCCCUGUUGCYAGCUUGCAGCUACUUCCCCCUUCUGUCUGGUGCUCAUAAUAAGGUUUGAAAUAUAUUUUGCCAUGUUUUAAAAAGUUAAUAAGGCCUGCCUUAGAAUCAAUUCUGAUCACUUGCUGACACAUGAAUAGUAUGUGGCAGUUUUCUUAGUUAAUGGAUUUUGUUAAGAUAAGUUGCACUGUAGAUGGCAAACCUAGUGUUCAGUUCUUGCUUUCUGAAGUGUGGACYAACUUUUAAUAAGGCUUGGGUCACUCUUUUGGAACUGUGGCCAUCUACCCGGUCUCAUUGACUUAAACCCAAAAGAAUGUGGAAUGUCAUCCCAAUGAGUAUGUGCCCAGUCUGCAAAUGCAGCAUAACCAUAGACAGGCCCACUGUCUAUGUCACACCAAGCAUUUGGUGUGUGUUGUUUUACUGCUUAAGUUUCCCAGAAAUAUCUGGUAUCUCUUAUGAACACAAGAUAAUUUUAGGAAUAUUUCAUCUGCAGGAAAGCUUCACAGUUGUACAGGAUAAUUCCUCUUUUUGUUUAUUUUCUUUAAUUCUCACCUUAUACAAGUAUAUUGUUUCUCAGGUAUUCAAAUAGCAUUCAUUAUCCAAGUGACAACUUCUUUUUGGAAGGAUACACAGUCUUUAUUAAUUUUUUGAUAAAUCAAAGAGCUUGGCUGUGUGGUUAGUGGUUAACAGCAGCCAUUCCCAUUCACUAUCAAACCCAUAGUUGUUUCAAAGAAAUAGUCUUAUUUUGCAUGUAUCUUUUUUUCAGUGUAGUUUAUAUCCUGGAUUUGUAUUCAAUCCUGCUAGCUGGCUUGGGCAGUUAUGGAACCCUUCUUAUUUAAAUAGAGAUCUUUGGAAUUAGACCUUGGGUCAAGAAAGAAAAAUGUAUUUAAAAUGCAGUUGCACUUCAGAGAGGGAAAUUAAAUCCUCAGGAAAGGAAAAUUUCUUCUUUGUUUCUGUCGAAGGAAGGUUUCAAAUAGAUUUUAUUAUGUGUUUCUUUUCUCUCUAAAUUGUGUCUAGAAAUUCAGAAAGCUAAAUCGAGGAAGAAGCUUCUUUGCAUUUUGGGUUUGCUUUUGUGAAAAAUUGUUUUCCAUUUUGUUUUGAAUAUUAUUUAGAUCUAAAUGAAAUGUACACAUUCGGUCAGAGAUGUAUGACAAUCCUAUAGCAAAGACUUGUAUAAAAAUUGCCUUGUAUAAGUGUUUAGUUAUUAUAAUGAUACUAAUCUGUUUGACAUUUUUUAUGUCAGGGAAGGUAAUAAGCUCUCCAUUGUCUUCUCUGUUUUUGUUUUUUUUUACAUAGGUGUAAUGUAGCAGCAGGAGUUUAAAAUGUAUGUGUCUUACUGAGGACAGAGAGUUAAAAUUGUUUAAAUCAAGGACCACUGGUACGCAUUACUUUCACUCAGACUCUCUGGAGGCCUGUAAUACACGUAAUCAGGAAAGGUUACUGGUGUCAGACACAGCUUCGUAGCAAAUUAAUGCUUGGGACCCACUUAAUGCAUGAACAGGUAAGAUGAGAAUGCAUCAAGAGGAAGAGCUUAGCUGCCUAACUUUGGGUGCUGAGAAAGUCAAGUUACUAUGCACCGAGUCUAGAAGGCAGCCACAUGCCUUUCUUUGUGGCUGUACCCUGUCAGAUUGUCUCCYUGCACCUGUGUGUGCAUGUAACCUCCAUCUAUCUAUGGCCUGCACUGAGUCAGUUAUUGUGGUGCUGGACCUGGUGAGGUGGGUUUGAGGUAAACCUUGUUACAGGUCUAGUUGCUGAAAGAUUUUGUCGUGCUUGUGGGGAAUUAGGGUAGAAAAUGAAUCCCUAAAUGAGUUCAUUUUCAUCCCCAAUGCUUUUACUCUUUCUUCUUGUCUCACUACCCCUACUAAAGCCACUCUGCAGAGGAUUURUCACGAGGUGCCUUAGGAACAAAGAGCAUGUUUUUAAUAAGAACCAUAGGUGUCAUUAAUACAGGAGAUUCUUCUUACUUCUCUGCCCAUUUGAGUAGGGGAUGGUACUUGCUAAGGUCAGGCAGGGAGAGCCCAUAUACGCUGUUCUUGGAUAUAUAAUCUGUUCAUAGACCACCUUGUUGCUGUAACAUUACUACCAACAGUAUUUGAGUUUCCUGGUGCCGUAUGUUCUUUGCCUUUAUAUGCUGCUGUCAGAUAUCURCAAACACCAGAGGACUACUCCUUUUGAUAUGCUGACACUUAAACCCAAGGACCAGAGGAACACUAGAUAGACAUAGAAGAGUGUUUCUUACAGCCAUUCAUAAAUUUCUCUUAAAAAAGUGUCGAAAUCCAGAGUUGUGAGUGGUGUGYACUUAUGCAUAUUGAGGCUGGAUGAGAGACCAAAUCAACAACUUUUUUUUUUUUUUGUUUGGAUUGUUUUUAUUUCUACAAGUGUGAAAGAAAAGACUGUUUCUCCUUUUCUCAUAACUGGGAGAAUGUUGGAUGUGAUAAUGUCAUGUAGAUGAAUGAGAACUUUACAACUGGCAGAAGGAAAAACUGGGAACUGAUUGUGUUAAAUACAUUGCUAAUUAGACYGUGAAAGAAGCCAGGAGUUUAGCAGGAGUCAAAGUGCUAAGGCAUUUAUUUAAAUAAGUUGAUUUGCAGUAAAUACCAACUAAACAAAAUUUCAGAAGGURCAUAAACCAGCAGAGUUCAAAUGUAUAUUGCAAGGAGGAGAGUUUUUUGUGGGGAUAUUCCACAUUUGUCUSAAGAAAUUCUCUGGCUACUUAUUCUGAAACUGUGGUGCUGUUGCAGCUGAAGGUGUAUCAGGCCAGGUGGAUGGCAGAUCUGAGUCCCCUUGGCUUUUCUAGGUUCUAGUCUGGAUUUUACAUGUUGCUUUCUCAGAAUCAUCAUACAUUAAAUGUAGCCUUUAUUGGGAAGGGAGACAGGAAGAAUUUUCUGAUCCAUCAGUGAGGGUUAGCUGUUUUAAACCUGUCUGGACUGGUGAGUCAAAUCCCUUGGGCAAGAAGCAGGAUGCCAGCCACAAAGCUCAGAGCUAAGGAGGCCUUGCCAAGUAAUGACCUUGACAUUUAGGAGCUGUGUUUGGAAAUUCUAAAUAGCUGGAGAUGGUCUCCCUGCAACCUCCAGGAUGCCCUGAUGACUGCUCUCCUCUCUUCAGAGGGAAGCAGGCUGCUUUCCACUCACAGCUCCAAGCAUUAGCACAGGCUUUCGAUUGAGAGCAUCGUGUCAUACCUUUUUCAGACCUAUGUUCUUGUGAACUAUGAUGGUUGUCUGUCAGUCCUUAUCUAUGUGAUGUGAAUAUUUUUGAUGUCCUGUGAUUUCAAAAGUGAGUUCUCAGCGCCAACUGUUUGCUUUUCAUGUGCUCCCAAGAGGUGAGUUUUAAAUGGAGAAGAGGAUAUUUUAACAAAAUGUGGCACUGGACUCUUUUUGAAGGACACAUAUAUGAAGGCUAUAUUUAUAGUGUACUUGCAUUCCUUCUACACUUGGUUUGUAUUGUUUAUAUUUGAUGUGUUGUGAUUGAUUUGUAAUAAUAUAUUGGAACCAUUUAAAUAAACUUUUCACUA